UGGAAUGCUACAGGUGUGUUCUGAUGACCUGAGUACUGCCCUCACCUCUGAUGUGCAGUACUUCAAAGGUGAUGUCAUCACACGCCGCCACACGGUGGAGAUGUCAGAGAACUACAGAGACCAGCUGGCUAAGGCCGUGUACGGACGUCUCUUCAGCUUCCUAGUCAACAACAGUAACUACUACCUACAGGGACAGGACCACAGCACGGGAGAUCCAGCGCUUGAGAUUGGAAUCCUGGACAUCUUUGGAUUUGAGGAAUUCCAGAGGAAUGGAUUUGAGCAGCUGUGUGUGAACAUGACCAACGAGCGUGUAAGGCUGCACGUCUCAGAGGUGCUGUUCCAUCAGGAGCAGGCCGAGUGUCUACAGGAGGCCAUCGCCAUGGAGACGCUCCGGUCGCCCAGCAACCAACCCGCUGUUCUAGACUUUUUCUUCCUGAAGCCUCAGGGUCUGCUGUCUGUGAUGGAUGAGGAGAGUCAGUCGCUGAGACCUACAGAACAGACCCUCUACAAGAGACUGCAGUCACACCUCGACAACACACCCACACACGGUAUCUCCUUGACAACCAAGGACGGCAACGGCAACCCCCCGCCCAUAGACCAGGGUCCUGCCUUCACUGUGAAACACUACACAGGCCAAAUGGCCUAUGACCUCACAGGAACACUGGUGAAGAACAAGGACUCCCUCCCCAAAACCUGCUUCUUGUUCUGAAGUCCAGUGAGAGUGUGUUGGUGCAGCAGUUGUUCCAGUCCAAGCUGACCCAGACUGGGUCUCUGGUACCGGCCCAGGCCAGAAUGGCUCUGAGAGGGCCCAAAGCAGCCCUGCUCCUUCACAGGAUGUCAUCCCACUCCAGCAUCUCCCCAGCAGGCCACGAGCCCCAGAGGUACCUGGACCUC